AGUAUCGACACCCGUGAUUGGUUGUGGGCAGCGUGUCUCCUCCAGUCCCGGAAGAAGGAAGAGUUUACGCAGAGAGAGGAAAGUCUGUUGACAGCAGAAAUCACACCCAGGCCACUGACAACUUUUAACACAUUUUCUCAUUCUGUUGAUCUGUCCGGGAUUGCAUUCUGGUGUUUGGACCUAGCAGGAGCUCUCAAGGUAUGGAAUAUGGCAACAACUGAAACGCAGCUUAUGUUAAGCGUCGGAUUAAUCGAGAAAGAUGUGAAUGGAGACACACUGUGGGUGUGGUGCUAUCCUUCCGUGGACUCAGACCUGAGGCAGGUCCUGCUCAGCAAGUGCUGUCUGACGCAGGACGUCCGGGAUUUCCACACCUUUGUGUUUGGACAGUUCUGUCGUACCUGGUUCUACAUAACCACCGUGGAGGUACAGGAACCUACAGCACUAAACAAGGUCACUCACUUUUCAAUAGUCGUUACAGCCAAAGACUUCAACCCCGAGAAGUAUGCUGCUCUUAGUAGAAUACUCUGCAGGAUGUACAUCAAGCAUGGCAGUCCAGUGAAGAUGAUGGAGGCUUACAUCACUGUUCUCACCAAAGGAAUUUGUCAGAGUGAUGAAAAUGGCUCCUUUUUCAUUAAGGACUACGAUGUUCGGAAGGCAUACUUGGCCGGCUCAGUCAAAGAUGUGGUGUCUCAGUUUGGUUUGGAGACUAUCAUCCUGUAUACUGCUCUCAUGCUGAAGAGGAGGAUCGUCGUCCAUCACCCUCGUAUUGAAGCACUGUUGGAGUUUACAAGAGUUCUGCCGGCUCUGACGUGGCACAGGAAAGACUGGUCCAUCCUGCACCCGUAUGUGCACCUGACUGAUAUUGAACUGGAGGAUUUAAAGAAAUGCCCUGGGUAUGUAGCAGGGUUUUUGGAUCCAGAAGUGAGCAACAGAUCAGACUUGUUUGAUGUGUAUGUCAACCUCCCUGACGGUGUCAUCACAGUAUCCCAGAGUGCCAAAGAGGCCAUGGCUAUGGGGAAGUUACACAAAGACGUUGGUCACCUCAUCGUCCAGUCUGCAGGGGAUACUGAGAGGUCGGACACUCAGGUGAUUAAGGACAUCUCUGUGAAGACGAAAGAGAUCCUCGCCAACUUGGUCGCCCUGGCUGACGAGUGUGAAGACUCUAAGAUCACACUGGAAGGUUUAAAGCAGCACCAUUUCCCUCCGGCGACGGAGAAUUUCCUCUUUCAUUUGGCAGCUGCCGAGCAACUUCUCAGGAUAUAAACCUGUUUUUCCGAUGCGCCGCUGCAGGACGACGGUACUGUCAGCAGCUUGGAUUCUGGCUGUGCUGUUUUUGUAUGUCUUGGGAUAAUUGCUGUUUUCUGAAAGGCUUGUGCCGACUCUUGCGGUUAUCAUGAGAGUGUGCACAAGACACUUUCUCACCGUCACCUUCAGGUGAAUUAGGAAAGUGUCACUAGCAUCAAAUUUUGGCUUACAGUGUUGUGCUUAUAUGAGGCACGACUCACAUCGUGUACCAAUAUGAGGGUGUUUAACAUCAUGGAAUUAAAGUUUAAGUCAACAAAAUACCAUGAAAAGACCAAAAUCAACAAGUAACUGAUCCUACUUACAAGUGUUGCCUUUAGUCAAAGCCUGAUUAUAUCUUAUUUCUCUGAGCCAUAGAGCUCCAUUGUUGGUCAGAAACUAUUUAAACACAUCAACGAGCCACACUUUCACUGCGUGACAUCUUUCUUGAUUAUGACGAACACUGGCACUGAAGUUAAUUUUGAUUCAAUCCCCCAUACACAGUCCUGCUGCUGUUAAUCACUGGAACGCUAAAAUGUGUAUUCAUCCACAGCGGAAAAUAGUCCCCAACAAGUGCACUGUUUA